AUGGGGAUGCAGGUCUGCAAAGCCGGCGCCGCGCCCCUGGUUCUGCUGGGCCUUUGCUUCGCCGCGGCGGUCAAGUCGGUGCCACUGGCCGAUGCCGGACCGCACGUCUACUACGGCUGGGGGGACCCCAUCCGGGUCAGGCACCUCUACACGGCCAGCCGGCACGGACUGUUCAGCUAUUUCCUGAGGAUCCACGGCGACGGCCGAGUGGACGGCGCCGCUAGUCAGAACCGACACAGUUUGCUGGAGAUCCGAGCAGUAGCGCUUCGCACCGUAGCCAUCAAGGGCGUGCACAGCUCUCGCUACCUGUGCAUGGAAGAGGAAGGCGGGCUGCACGGGCUGCUCAUAUAUACCACAGAGAAUUGCUCUUUUGAAGAGGAGAUACGUCCAGAUGGCUACAACAUCUACAAGUCAAAGAAAUAUGGAAUUCUGCUGUCUUUAAGUAAUGCCAGGCAAAGACAACAAUACAAAGGAAAAGACUUUCUUCCGUUAUCUCAUUUCCUACCUAUGAUGAACACUGUGCCAGUGGAAGAUUUUGGAGAAUAUAGUGAUACCAGGCAAAAUUUGGAAUCUGGUAUUUUUCAACAACCAGUUAAAACUGACAGCAUGGAUCCCUUUGGUAUCACUUCUGAAGUGUCCUUAGUACAGAGUCCUAGUUUUGGUUAG